AUGGCGCGAGCGGUGGGCGUGCGGGGCCGGGCUGCACGGUGCGGGCGCUGGCGGCGAGGCGCUCUCCUCGCCUUCGCCGCGUGGACCGCGGGCUGGGUGCUGGCAGCCGCGCUGCUGCUCCGCGCACACCCGAGCGUCCUCUCAGAGCGCUGCACGGACGAGAAGAGCCGGCGCAUCCUGGCGGCGCUGUGCCGGGACUACCGUGGUGGCUGGCUCACAGGCGCCCUGUGCGAGGACCUGUGUGUGGCUGGGGAGCUGCUGUACCAACGCUGCCUGUAUUAUGAGCGGGGUAAGAAGGUGCUACAGGCCCAGUGGCGAGGUCAGACGGUUGUCCUCAAAUCCAAGAGGGAGGCCUUCUCCAGCUUCCCGCCCCUCAAUCUGUUGGAGGAGGAAGCAGGGCCAGGUGCCCCGAUCCCUGAGGCUGAGCUGCUCCUGAUGGUGGCUGGGGAGGUCAAGAACACGCUAGGCUUGGAGCUGCCCAACAACAGCAUAGCCCCGCUGUGGCCGGCCAGGCAAGGCCCCGGCUGGCGCCAAGAGCUGGCCAGCGCGUGGUCACUGCUCCAACAGGAGGAAUAUGUGUACUUCAGCCUGCUGCCAGAUCUGAGCCGCCACAUCCUACCCGUGCUGGGAUCCUGUGGUCACUUUUACGCAGUAGAGUAUUUGGCCGCCGGUAGCCCUCACCACAAGGCUCUCUUCCCACUGGAUGAUGCCGGCCAAGCCCAGGCUAUUAGUCACAUCGCCCUCAGCUUCCUGGACAUGGUGAGCCAUUUCGACAGUGACUUCUCCCACCGCCUCCACCUCUGUGAUGUCAAACCUGAGAACUUUGCCAUCAAGAGGGACUUCACGGUGGUGGCUAUUGACGUAGACAUGGCCUUUUUUGAGCCUAAAAUGAGGGAGAUCCUUGAGCAAAACUGCACGGGAGAUGAAGACUGCAAUUUCUUCGACUGUUUCUCCAAGUGUGACCUGCGAGUGAACAAGUGUGGAGCCCGGCGUGUCAACAGCAACCUGCAGGUCAUCUGUGAUAAAAUAUUCCAACACUGGUUCUCCUCAUCACACAGGAGCCCUGACAUCUCCCCGCAGCUUCAGCUGCAGCUACAGCAGGCCGUUCAGGAGUGUGCUCACCACGGGGGCCCCUCUGGGAAUUCCUGGACAGCCUCCUCCAGUGUGUUCUGGAAGCUUAGAUGGCUCUUGCAGGCCACUCUGAAAGAGCUGCAGGAGGUGGAGAAGUAGCCUUUCUCUUGCUUUGGUCAUCAAGAGUGGACGGAAGGGACUUUCAAUCGACUUCUCCAGUAGUCACUAUGCAAAUGAGCUGUCAGAGGUGUUGGAGAGCCCUUCUGAAGUGUGCCGCUGAACUCUCCUUCUGUGCUGUGACACGGACCUCUCUUGCCCCUGCCUGGCUUGGUUUGAUCUUGUUUCCUGGCGACCUCUGGCCUGUCACCCCUUCAGAAGUGACCAAAGAGAGGAGUUUCAUCAGAGUUGCCAGUGUGCAGCCCUCUGCGGACUGUACAUACCUUGCCAUGAGAGACAAGAGGAAGCUGCCCUUCCAUGCUAGCCACUAGCAAGCUGAAGAGUGACUGUGGGCAUAGGAUGAACGUGUUUGCAGAUAAUUGUGUGCACCUGUGCAUACGUGUGCACCCGUGAGUGCAUAUGAGCGGGUUUGGAUAUAUGAAUGUGUAUUGUAUAUACACGAGUAUGUUGUGUGUAAAUACACAUGGGCUUGUGUGUGGGAUAGCACAUGCUCUCAUAAUUAUGAGCAUUCCUGUGUGUGUGUGUGUGUGUAUGUGUGUGUGUGCACACACGUGUGUGUGAGCGCAUGCUUGUAGGCUUGUGCACACAUCCAUGAACCAGUCACUGUGCCUGUGACUCUGUGCUCGUGGAUGAAUCAAUGUGAGUCCACCCAGAAGUGCAUGCAUGUGUAACAUCCAGAGGUGAGCAAGUGGGUGGGCACUCGGAGCUUGUGUGGAACGGUGGCUUUUCAAUGUGUCCCUAGGAGUCUUGCCUAGCUAGCUGGCAAAGAACUGUUACUUUUUUCUGGAAUUAAAUGCAAUAAAACGUGGUAUCCUUUGGGGACAUGA